AUGGGCCUUGGUGAAGUAUCCAAGUAUUCAUUUGUUGGUGCUGCGAUGACUCAAGCUGCUGCUGCAUCCGUCACAGCUAGUAUCUGCUCCGGCGGACUGUUUGCUCAAUGGCACCUGUCAAGAGAGCUACCCAGGAACAGCAAGCCAGCGGACCGAUAACCGGAACGGCGUCUGAGUGGCAGAAAUUUUUCCUCUUCUUUUUUUUUUCUCUUCCACCCUCGGACCAGAAUAUGACUGUGAACUACACAUCCUCGAUCCCUAGAUCGCGGCAUCUAGCAGCCGGCCCAUAUUUAGUCCCCACGCGCUGUUGCCGUGUUGCUGUCUGCAUGCCUUCUCCAAACUGUGGCCGUGCAACCCUCGUCUGUUUGUCCAACGUUUGGAGGCAUCAAUUGAUGUUUACCAACGCCACAAAACACCAAUUGUACUUUUAUAUCCAUGUAUAUAC